ACGUUCAUAUAUAUUUUGAUGUAAACAAAUCGAAUUGAAUUUCUUGAUAUUGUUUGUAAGCAUACUAAAAAUGUCGCGCCGUCAGCAGGAAAUUCAGCGCAUUGAGCGUGAGGUGAGGGCCAAACUACCUUAUCGCACCUUUCGUGAGAUCACCUUUGAUAGGAAUGCAAUUAAAGCCAGCAUUGUGCCACUAAGCUUCAUUGAGGCACGUAGGGAACGUGGUCCGAUCUACGAAGCUCUGCAGGCUGAGUUACGGCACGAGGGCUGCCGGAUGAUGCCUGAGUUUGUGCGUUGUUUGGCCGAGAAGGAGCAGGCGCUGUUUGAGUCGGUCAGCAUACGGGCCAGGAUCAUUGACGAUCGCCCGCUGCUCUACGAGAUGAUUGAUAAACUGAAACGGGCCGAGCUCGCGGUGAUCAAGCGAAAAUUCAAGGGGCUCAAAGAGUGCUUCACGCUCUUCUACGAGGCUCUGCUGCUGCUCGAGCCCUACCGUGUAACGUAUGAGUAUGCCCUGAAUGCGGUUAUGGAGCACAUCGUGUCGUUGUGCCACAACAUCGAAGGCCAGGAGCGGGACGCCGCCGAGAUGAUUGCUCGCAUCUACCACAGAUAUGCACUAUUUCUGGAACGUACUGGACAGAGAGCCAAUGCCAUUACCUAUCUGACGGCCACCCUUGAGCUGGUCCGAGGACAUAUGUGGCUAGCCGAGCCGGACAAGGGAUCGGCCAGCCCGAUUCUGCAUGAGCUGGUUGCUCAACAGCUGGCACGUCAACUGCUUAUCUUUGGACGCCAGACUGUGCGCCAGCAGCCUGAGGAAGCGGUCGACAUGGCCAGGAGGGCAACUGUGCUGAUUGCGGAAAUCGGACGGCAAAAGAACUUGGACAUAUUUUGUGACACAUUCUUGGAGAGGGCAUUCUUCCUUAUGGAGGGCAACAAAUACCAUGCCGCUCAGCAUUGCCUCGAGCAGAUCCGACCGGAGUUAACAGCAUGCACCGAGUACAAGUUUGUCAAGCUAAACAUUAAGUUCUAUCUAUAUCUGGGACAGUGCGCCGAGAACUUCGAUAACAUGGACAAGGCCAUAUCCAGCUUCAAGCGAGCUCUGCGUCUUUCGCGCCUGUACGAACACAAGGAUCACGAGGCGGAAAUACUGCUGAAUCUUGGCAAGCUGUUCGCCAGGGACACCCAAAAGACAGGAAUCGCCAAGAAGUGCUAUAAUCAAGCCAAGAAAAUUUACAUCGACUUUAACGACACUCACAGCAAGAAGACGGCCGUCUUUCUGAUGGGCAAAUUAAUGGCCGAUGAAAUCACUCCGCUCUAUAUGGCCAUGUUGAAGGCGUCCAGCUCACGCUAUUGUGCCUUCUAUAAUUUACGUCAGUGGAAGAAUCGCUGCCGUCCAUUCUGGCUUAAGCUAGGGGAUGAAAUCCUCAAACAGGAGUCGAACAAUAUUUACUGCCUACUUGAGGAGGAGAAAGAGGAUCCCAAAAACGAACCCGUCUUCGUCGAUUUGGACGCCAACACAUUCAAGGUCGAGGAAGGUGAUAUUUGAUUCGGCGUAUUUUACUUUCACUUGUGCGGGAUUACUAAAAAUUGUUAUUGUUUGUUAAGUCCAUGCGGCAUCAGACUAAAUAUAUGGCGCUCAGGACUGCACUGAAAUCUCAAUAUUUUCACCAGCUGCUAGCCCUUUUUCCUAGAGCAUAUUUUCAGGUUUCAGUGCAGUCCUUAGCGCAGCUUUAAACCAGUAUAAUUUCGGCUUUAUUACUUGUCUAAU